UUUACUAUUUAUUUUCAUUGGAACUACUAUAUGUUGUCUCUCUCUCUCGAUAACUCCUCCCAGCCCCAGGAAACCUAUAAAAUUCCUUAGAUCCAAACUCAGAGAAUGGCCGGUGGAUUUACCAUCAACAUAAACAUUCCGGCUGGUGAAGGACUUAACAUUAGCAUUAACCCAAACUCUGCUGCAGCUGGUAAUCUAUGUACGAAUCCGUCCUCUCAAAAGCCCCUAGAAUGCUCUCCAGGAAAGGCUAACCCAAAGGUUUUCUUUGAUAUGGCGGUGCGCGGCAAAGCUGUUGGUCGGAUCGUGAUGGAGCUCUUUGCCGACACGACCCCACGGACGGCAGAGAAUUUCCGCGCCCUCUGUACAGGCGAGAAAGGCAUGGGGAAGAAGGGUAAGCCACUUCAUUACAAAGGAUCAAUCAUCCACCAUAUGUGCCCCGAUUAUAUCAUUGGCGGAGGAGAUUUCACUUACGAAAGGAAAGGAUACGGAGGCGAAUCAAUCUACGCCGGAGGUUUUUUCGAGGAUGAGAACUUCAUCAAAAAGCACACCGGUCCGGGUAUCCUCUCCAUGAACAACAAUGGUCCUGACACCAACCAAUCUCAGUUUUUGAUCUCCUUGACCGAGAACUGGGAACUCGACGAUCUACACGUCGUCUUCGGCCAAGUUGUUGAAGGAUUGGAUGUGGUCAGGAUCAUAUCACACGAACCUCUUAAGGACAAGUUUUCCAAGCCCGUCGUGAUCGACUGCGGUCAGAUUAAAUAGAUCGGACAGAGAUAUUUUCCAACUACAAUGGUUGCUUGCUUGCUUUGUGUCCUUUUGAUGUUUGGUGCGUUUUUAAUUUUGUUACUCUUGUUUUUUUUAUCUUUUUCUUGAAUUUAGAUUGGCUACCAUUGAAUAAUGAUAACAACCAUCAUCAGUUUAUCA